UUCCGGGUUUGUCUAGAAGCGGAAUGUAACAUCUCGCUAGUGAAGUGAAACUUGUUGCCCGGACAGCGCAUAAAGUGCAGCGUUAUAAAUAAAGUGACACAUCGUUUCGAGACAAAGGACACAGUGGUGGCGAACACUGUCGUGUCAUGUUAAUAAGACUGUCACUUGACUCGCUCUAAUGGCCUGAUGUCGCUCUGUUGUGCCUUUUGAUCUCGAUUGACUGACUGACUGCAGCAUGACGCGCGUGAUGUUUCUGGUGUCCGCGGUGGCUCUUCUCGUGUCGGCUCCGGCGCGCGCCUCUCAGGGGGAUAAAGAGCCGGUUUACCGGGACUGCAUCAAACUGUGUGUCCGGACGAACUGCACAGGGGCCCGACUGCGCGGGUUCCAGUCCACACAGCCUCCGUACAUGGCGCUCACAGGAUGGACGUGUCGUGAUGACUGCAAGUAUCAGUGAAUGUGGACCACAGUGGGUCUAUACCAAGCCGAGGGUUACAGCAUACCACAGUUUCAAGGGAAGUGGCCAUUUGCCCGAUUCCUGUGUUUUGAGGAGCCUGCUUCUGCUCUGGCGUCUCUGCUCAAUGGUCUUGCCUGUCUGCUGAUGCUGCUGAGAUACCGCAGUGCCGUCCCCCGUCAGAGCCCCAUGUACCACACCAUCACAGCCUUUUCGCUGAUCUCUCUAAAUGCAUGGUUCUGGUCUACGGUGUUCCACACGAGAGACACCUAUCUAACAGAGAAGAUGGACUACUUCUGUGCAUCAGCUGUCAUUCUGUACUCCAUCUACUUGUGCUGUGUGAGGACGUUGGGCUUACGGAGGCCUGUGAUCUCCAGUAUGGUGGGAGUUCUGCUUAUUCUGGCCUUCACGUCUCAUGUCUCUUAUCUGACAUUUGUCAGGUUUGACUAUGGGUACAACAUGGCAGCCAAUGCCUCCAUAGGCAUCAUAAACCUGUUGUGGUGGCUGUGCUGGUGUUGGCAGAACCGGCGGAUCUUGCCAUACUGGUGGAAGUGUGGUAUGGUGGUGCUUUUACUGCACGCUCUCGCCCUGCUGGAGCUGCUGGAUUUCCCUCCACUCUUCUGGGUUCUGGACGCUCAUGCUGUCUGGCAUCUCAGCACCGUGCCUGUCCAUUUUCUCUUCUACAGUUUUCUCAUAGAUGACAGCCUUCACCUCCUAAACACAGAGAAGCCUGGAGUGAAACUGGACUAGGAAGAGACAGUCUCGGAACCCCAACCCCUCCUCUGAUAUCCUCCCCAUCAGGACAAGUGGGAGUCGAACUGAGCCAGGUCACAGUGGCUCCCUGCAUGUGUCCCAGGACCGAAGUUUUAUGGGUUUGGAAUUCCUUCGUUUUGUUGUUUACAGUUUUUCACCACGGACCUCUUUACGUUGCAUUGUACAGGAAGGUUAUCAUUUGGUCCAGUUCUAAGGAUAUGCCACUGUGCUGUUGUUGAAACUUGAUUGAUGUUUGCAUUCACUAAGCUUUGCCUUCUGUAGAUUCGAUUAAUAGAGUAAAUUAGCAUUUAUCAACACAUGUCUCUUUAAAAAUGGCGCACGAACUAACACCACUUUUGUUGAUGAGUAUCUUCACUUAAGUUGUUAAUGUCCUGCAUGUAUAUCCGUCAGGACCUGAAGUGUGAAUAUAUUUCAGAGAUGGAGGCAGAUUGGUUUUAGUUUUUAAACAUUUGUUCUCCCAAAGCGUGUUGAACAUCAGUACUCAGGAGGGGUUGUGAUUGAGCAAUGUGCGUGCUCCGUUUCUGUGACGUGUGGCUCUGACGUCACUACAGUGCAAUAACUGUAGCUACCAGCAGAGAGCGUACUGUUGAUACCUUUACAGGUUAUGGGAAAUAGAUUUGCUUUUCUUUUGUGUUCCCAGUGUAGACCUUUAAAGCAAUUGGAGGUUUGUUGUUGCCCACAGUACUGCAAGCACUAGAUUUUUGUUCUUUUUGGUAUUGUUUUACAGUACAAUUUGCUAAUCAUCCCUUUGCUUAAAGUAAUAGUUCACCCCAAAAUAAAAAAACAAAUCUUUAAUGUUUGACUUAUUCCGUACCUGUAUGACUUUCUUUCUUCUGCAGAGCACAAAAGAAGAUAUUUUGAAGAACGCUGGUAGCCAAACAACAUUGACUCAUUUUGACUUCCAUUGUAUGGACAUUUCUCCAAAUAUUUUCCUUUGUAUUCCACAGAAGAAACAGUCACAGACUGUACAUGUUAUGAACAAAUGAAUAAGCCAUGAUUUUAUUAAAUAAGCAAUCCCUUUAGAAGCAAAAUAUUUUUUUUAAGAGUAAAUGAUGCCAAAACUUUCAUUUUUAGUUGAACUAUUUCAUGAAUGGCUUUAGGGUGAAUAUGUCUACAGUCACUCACAGAGACCGUAUUACAGUAUCGUGAUGACAUGCAUGAUAUACAACAAAACGACUUUUGCUUUGACAUGUUUGACUGGGAACUUGUUUCCUCUGCUGCUUUUUUCUUAUAAUUUUCAGACACUUUACAUGUUACAUCCCAUCACUUUGUGCUUUAUUUAUUGAAUUUAAUUACAUGUUUCAACUUUCUUUCACCAAGAAUGCCUUUGCAAUGAAAAGAUUUCUUGGAUCAAAAUUAGUUUUACACAGAAGGUCAUGAAAAAGGGUUAAAGAAGGAUUUAGAAGACGUAUCUGUUUGUUGCCGUGCGAUUUGAUUUAGUAGUUUACAGCUGUAUCAAUCUGACGGCUAACAGAGAUUUUAGCCCCAGCAGCCUCGUGCGUUCUGUCACUUCAUGCCUUGCAUUUGUUAUUUCUAGUUUCGCUCAUAUAAGGCAGCACUUCAUUGCUUGUAUGUGUAAGCCGACGCUUCAGAUUAAUGAGAAAUAGAGCUACUUUCAUGUCUUUCACCAGUGCCAGACUGUAUCUCUGCCAUCUCGUGUCAUGUUUAAGGAAUACUCACCUUUGUGGAUUCUACAUUUAUUGCCACCCGCGCCAAUAUAAUGGUUGGUUGCAUGUCUUUGUUGCAGAUUGUCACUUGUCCACUUUAUGUAUGUAUGUGUGUGUGUGUUUCAGAGGAAGAGUGCCAGCGUGACAGGCCUGGGGGGUAAAUAUAGCCAUUUAGCAAUGCUAAAAGCGGUAGAGGGGGGAGGGGACAUCAAGGGUGUCUGGAGCAGUGAUGGCAGGGACCGCUGACCCCACUCAACAAUGCAUCUGUCCUUAGAGAGCCCUAUCAUACAGUAUUUCUACGGCCAACACCAACAGUUUGUUCAUUUGCAAGUAUCUUCUGGUUUUAAUACAGUUCCUUUGUGGCAUGCUGUCAAUAAUCACAGUCGUUUUUACUUGUUAUAAAACACACACAAAAACCCAAAUGCCUUGACGGUAAUCCACACUUAACGGAAAUCUUUUGGAAAUAUGAAUUGCAUUGUAAACAUUGGGACAGGGUGUCAAUGGGGCAUUAUAACUUUUAACACGCAUUUGUCUUUACAAGGUUGAUAAUACUACUUUAAACGAGACAACGGUACAUGCAAGAUAAUAUUUAAUAAACAGCAGUGAUACUGACAGUUGUUUUUUCUACUCUCCCUUGAAACUGUCGUGUUUUGUCUAAUGUGAAAUGAGCAGAAUCCCAGUCUGUUUGGUUGUGCUCCCAGACUGGAUUGGGUUGAACUGAAACUUCCUUUCUGUUUGUUGCCAAUAGGUGUGCAUCAGACAUUUAAUUAUUAAUCAUUUAUUGAAUUAUGUAUCUAAAGCAUUUAAUUUGUUUUUCUUCUUGAGAAUCCAUGGAGAAACGUUCCAUUUGGUUGAUUGUACUGUAAAGUUACCUGCAUGCUGAAUGUAAACUUUACAUUUUCUCACGGUUUUGAAAGAAAUGAAGGACAUUUGCGAGGCAUGUACUUUAGACCAAACGCCCAAGUUGAUCUCCCAAAGUUCCUACAAACUCUCUUUUCCAUUGGGCAGUUUGACUGCUGCCAAUCCAAAACAGUCCUCAUCAUGCACCGCUUUGUGUAUUACUCUUCUUAUUCUGUCUAUAGCUCUCUUUCUUUAUCUUGGCAUUGUAUUGCACAUUUCUCCACCAGUUGUACACGGCUCCAAUUGUGUAUAAAAAAUCUUAAGGAAAUGAAUAAAAUUGUUCUCUAUUAAUUCUUUUAC